AAGAAAUAAAACACUAGGUGAUGAGAUGGAUUAUUGGGUUUACUCAGGUGAAAAUCUUGGGAAAAGGGAGAUUAUUCAAAUUCAUGUUGAUUGGUUUGAGUGGAAUUUCAACUUGGAAGAAUAACGAACAAGAAGAAAAAAAGAGGAGAUGGCCAAAAACAAGGACGACAUAAAAUAUAGAACAGCUUGGGCGAAGUUAUUGGAAGAUGAGAUUUUAAGGGUGAGAUACAAGACAGGCACCCCCAUUGAAGGAGGCAAGAUUGCUGAUUUUGGACCAGUUGAUCUCUUCUUUGGUGCUCGUCACAUUUCCGACUCUGGACCAGCCGGUGAAUGUGAUGCCACCACCCAGCAGUCACAAGUACACUAUACCGACAAAGAUAAUUCUGACCUCAAUAAAGAGAAAUUGGAUGUGGUCUAUCACAACCAAUUAAGCUAUAUGUUGUACUUUUAACGCAAUUGUUCGGUCGGAGAAUAUGACCCACCAUCGAUCGUUUGAGAUUUGACCCUGUGACUAUCAUUUAUCUGAUAUCCCCACAAAUGAUGGUUUCUCAUAGUCUGAGCUGGACGAUCACAGGAGUCUCCUAAUAAACAAGGUAUUUGGCUAGAAGACAGCACAAUGGGGUGGAUGGUCGAGGUGUUGACGAAACAUUUUAUGCGAGUGUGGUAGAUAAGGAAAAUUAAAUGAUACGUGAAGGGCAUUUUUAAAUGACGCGAUUUGAAGUUUAUAGAGUAGUAAUCUGGAAUUUUCCUAUUUAACGAUGGAGAUGGCUAAACAGAAUAAAAUGAGGAAACUGAAUUCAUAGUUAGGAUAAGGCUUGGGUAAAGAUGUUGGUGAAGAAAUUUUACAAGUGGCAUAUUCAUAGCAGUUCUAAUCUGCAUGUAGCCAGCCCUUAAUUUGGCCACGCUGAUAGACAAAAGCUUGCGGGUGAUCCAAUCAUAUAUGAAUGUUCCAGAGAUCUCUACUACUCUUAUCUAUGAAGCCUGAUGUUAUGAAUCGAUCCCCUAGUUUUUCUUCCUCUAGGGACCUGGAGAUGAUCCCAUCACUACCCAAUUUAUCAUUCUCAAACUCUGCCCUUUCAAUCAAGUGUUCCACCAAAUGCUUUGUGGAUGUGCACAUGAGGUGAUCGAUGAAAUGAGGGUAUUUCAGUAAAUGAAUUCAAAAGGACGUUGCGGGUUGCGGCCACCCCAACUCUUACUCCCCUUUGCCCCCGUUGCGGACAGAUGUUAAAGACUUCACAAGUAGAUGAUGUUGAAGAUAGAUUACACACCGACUUGGGGAAGGAGGGCAGAGAGACACACACACAGUAACAAAGACAGAGAGAGGGAAGUGAUCUAGCCAUGAUGGAAGAAGGGAAGUUGGAGCUUAUUCUGGUUCCUUUGGGUGUGGUGGUGAUGGCGAUCUAUAAUGGGUGGCUUCUGAUGACUAUCCUGCGUACCCCAGCACGAACCGUCAUAGGCCUAAACGCAGACAGCAGGGAACAAUGGGUCUCUUCCAUGAUGUCUGAUCCACUAAGGAACGGCAUUUUGGCAGUUCAAACAAUACGUAACAACAUAAUGGCAUCUACAGUACUGGCAACGGCUGCGAUCACUCUCACUUCAAUCAUCGGUGUGUUUGUGAGCAGCAACGCAAACCCAUCCACUUCAGCAACAGAGUUGGUUUAUGUUAGCCAGACACAGCGCAUCUCUUGGAUCAAGUACUUUGCUAUCUCCCUCUGCUUCUUUGUUGCUUUCCUCUGCAAUGUGCAGUCUAUCAGAUACUAUUCCCAUGUCAGCAUAUUGGUUACAUUGCCUACAUUGAAGGACAGAAGAGAAUCAAUCGCAUACGCUGCGAGAAGCUUUAACCGGGGAAGCUACUUCUGGUCUCUUGGAUUGCGCACUUUCUACAUGUCUUUCCCUUUCUUGCUCUGGAUUUUUGGGGCCAUACCCAUGUUCGUUUGUUGCUGCAUAAUUCCUUGUACACAAUAUUUCCUGGAUACAACCACCAGAGUUACAAGGAACCUUCAUAGUUCCAGUUUUAGAGAGGUGACCGUGAAAAUGGAUGUUAAUGAAUCAGCCAGCAGCCAACCUUUAAUUUUGUCCAGAAAUUAGCAUAUUGUUCAUUAGUUGGGUCUUCUUAGACCAUAUAAAUUUCAAUGUUUUAAAUGUUGCUUCA